UUAUAACAACAAUCAAUAACAACCCUAACUCCAAUUCAAAGAGAUGGUUGCUGCCACGGGAUAAUAACAAUCAAACCAAUUGAUAUCAGAUGAUUCAAAAAUCUGGAGAUCGACCUUCAAGCUUCAAGCCUUCAACCCACAGAGCUUCAGCCUUCAAGCUUUCAAUCUGAACAUACGUCUUGGUCGACCCUUUCAUUGACGAAGCCGCGAAGAAGGAGAGAACAGAGACGCGAAGGGAGAACAAGUGCGGCUGUGGUAUGUUUUAGGUUUUAAUUGAUUCAAUUUGUCAAGAAUACCCCCCCAACGCGUAUCCAACCCGGAUACGGAUACGAUACACCAUAGUCAGAUUUUUGGAGUAUCCAUGCUCCUCUCUGCGUUAAACCCUAGUCCCGAAACCCAUAUCUGAACUUGAACAUCUGCUAUCUCUUGCCAUCAGGAUCAAAUAGUAUUUGUGAUUGUUGACAAGUGUGUUAUUUUAUCACCAAGUCAGCUAUCGGAGUUGUUUGUUUUGCUUUGAGUUUAUAUUUGAUUUAGUAAUGGAUAAUACCACACUGCAAGAGUGCUCUGUACCUGAAGCUGUUCUCCAGACACUUUUAAGUGUGUCAAACUCAUCUACCCUUGUAAAAUCCUUGGAAGAUUUGAUACAAGUUUGUAAAACGGCUGAUGGUCGCGAAGACCUUGCCGCUAAGAAUAUUCUCCCCACAGUCCUGCAGCUCAUUCAAUCUCUCUCGUACCCUUCUGAUCACUACUUUCUGACGUUGUCUUUGAGGCUUGUAAGAAAUCUGUGUGCGGGGGAGGAAGCAAAUCAGAACUCAUUUGUUGAGCAAAAUGGAGUUGCAAUCAUAUCGAAUGUUUUGAGUUCUGCAAACCUUUCUCCGGAGCCAGAUUUUGGGAUUAUUUGUGUGGGCUUGCAAGUUCUGGCUAAUGCUGCAUUGGCUGGAGAACGACAGCAGCAUGCAAUUUGGCAGCAACUCUUCUCAGAAAAAUUUGUUGCUCUUGCAAGAGUUCGUAGCCAGAAGACUUGUGGUCCUCUGUGUAUGAUUAUCUACACUUGUUGUGAUGGAACCCCUGAACUUGUUGCACCUCUUAGUGGUGAAUGUGGAAUAACUAUUGUGAAAGAGAUUGUAAGGACUGCCGCUGCAGUUGGUUUUGGAGAAGAUUGGUACAAAUUGCUUCUUUCAAGAAUUUGUUUAGAGGAACCUUUCUUCCGGCCACUUUUCUCAAGUUUACAAUGUGUUGAUGGAAAUGAGAAUGGUGAAGAUACAGAAUGUGGAGAAGAGUCUUUCUCGAAAGAGCAAGAAUUUUUGUUGGAAAAUGUAUCAGAGAUCUUGAAUGAGCGUCUCAACGAGAUAACUGUUCCCAAUGAUUUUGCUUUGUGUGUUUAUGGAAUAUUCAAGAACUCCGUCAGAGUUCUUAGUUAUGCAACAAGAGGCAGGUCUGGACUUCCAACAGGCUCUAUUGAGAUAGAUGUCCCAGGAUACUCGCUCACAAUCUUGAGAGAUAUAUGUGCCCAAGGAACACUAAGAGGAUCAACAGAGAAUACAAUGGAUGUUGUGGAUGUUUUGCUCUCCUCUGGUCUCAUUGAAUUACUUUUGUGUUUGCUUCGUGACCUUGAGCCGCCAGCAAUAAUUAGGAAAUCUAUCAACCAAGCUGAGGACCAAGAUGGAUCAAAUUCUUCUACAUUGAAACCAUGUCCAUACAAAGGUUUUCGGAGAGACAUAGUUGGAGUCAUUGGUAAUUGUUUAUAUGGAAGGAAGCUUGUGCAAGAUGAGAUCAGGAGAAAGGAUGGGCUUCUUCUGCUGUUACAACAGUGUGUAACAGAUGAUGACAACCCGUACUUAAGGGAGUGGGGCAUUUGGUGUGUGAGGAACUUGUUGGAGCGGAACCAAGAAAAUCAGCAGGCGGUGGCUGAAUUGGAACUUCAAGGGUCUGUUGAUGUGCCCGACCUUGCUCGACUUGGUCUCCGAGUAGAGAUGAAUCCAGAAACUGGACGUCCGAAGCUUGUCAACAUCUCAUGAGAUUUAUUACUGCUCUUGAUAGCGCAUUUCACAUGUAAAGAAUGAGUAACCAGUGUAGUCAAAGUGUAGUACAUAGACCCUCUCAAAGAUGUAUUUUUAAUCUCAUCAAGUUCAUUGUUGCCUAGACUUAUGCAGCAAAA